AUGACUUCCAUCGUGGCCCAAGACCUGCAAAAUGGAGAGCACAGUAACCACAAGGCUUUUGAUCCUGAGCAACAGAGAGAAAGGGCUUUAGUGGCUGAACUUCCCAAAUCUCUCGGUGCAGGCUCUGCCUUGGCUUUAGGAGCCUUUGGAACAACCCUAACGACACUUUCCCUGAGUUUGAUGGAAUGGAGAGGAGUGACAACUGCAAAUGUCUUCGUUGGAAACUUCUUCUUCAUUGCGGCCUUUGGUUUGGUUGUGACCGCACAGUGGGAACUUUCUGUCGGCAAUGGCUUUGCUUAUACUGUUUUCAGCGCUUUUGGUCUUUUCUACGCUGGAUACGGCGCAAUUCUUACACCUGCCUUUGGGGUUGCACAGGCAUAUGGCGGUGCUUCAACCACGGAAUACAACAACGCAGUCGGGUUCUUUAUGAUAUUAUGGACUGUGUUUGUGUUCACUUUCUUGAUCGCGUCUAUUCCGAGCAACGUUGCCUAUAUCUUGGUCUUUUUGUUUGUGGAUCUUGGUUUUCUUACAGUGGCGGCAAGCUAUUUUGCCCUAGCUGAUGGACACGCAGCUUCAGCCGUUGCUUUGAAAAAGUCAGGUGGUGUCUUCUGUUUCCUGGCAGGUUUGAUUGGGUGGUACAUUGUCUUCCAUUUGUUGCUGAAGGAUUCUCUUAUCGAUCUGCCACUGGGUGAUACCUCGCGACUUUUUGGAAAGAAGAAGAGAAAGGAGUAG